CAUUCUUUUUAUUUAUUUGCAAAAAAGCUGCGCGCAGUCGAAACAUUCACGCUCGUGAACGUCCGGCGAAAGUUGCGUUAGCGGCGUUCCAAAUCAUUGAGCAAAAGGGAUACUCUCUCAAACAUCGCUCUCGCGCAUCUCAAAGAAAGCAACAACCAGAAGACGCCUGGAGCUUCAUCAACGAUCGCAGAGGCUGAAUCCAAGCACUUGCUCGACUGGUUCGACAACAACCACCAGACAGCAUUUUCAGUUAUAACUCGGACACAUUUUAUUUUUUCUUUCCGCUCUGUGAGUGCCGGCAAGUGAUCACCACCCUGUAGCGAAAGAUCGGGGUGAAGAUGGGCAAGUGCUAUUCCUGUUUCCGCGCCCAGUUUACGCCCCAUGCCCAGGGUGGGAAGACCCAGGGGCUGCCCCUCACACCCAGAAAGCCCAGCAAGCCUGAGGUCCCAGGACUUCCUCGGCCUCCAAGCGUCGAUAGUGAGAUAUCUCCUGACAAAGCAAGCGAAGAUGCAGUGCUGAUUGUCCAAAGCAUCGAUUUUCAAAUAGAUGAAAAUGUUAGUUCCCAUUUCACUGGCGAUUAUGACAUCGUUCAGUCCGAAAACAACGCCCUGGUUCUUCGCAGAGGGUUUCCUUUCAAGCUGGGAGUCACUUUCAACCGUGCCUUCGACAAAGAAAAAGAUGUGGUUUGUCUCGUCUUCACUGCCAAAGAUGCUUCCACACCAUCUUAUUCUCAAGGCACCAUGAUUUUCUGCCCUGUUGUUCCAUGUGAUAAUUCAGUGCUGCCAUCUGAUGGAUGGCAAUGCAAGCUUCUGUCUGGCGCAGAAGAGAGCUCUGUUGUGCUGGAGGUGACAACCACACCUAACUGUAUCGUAGGUGAAUGGAUCUUAGAAAUUGACACCAAAGUUAAAAAAGAAAGAGAAGAACAAGCUAAAAGCCUGAGGUACACAUCAAAGAAACCCAUUUUCCUUCUUUUCAAUCCUUGGUGUAAACAGGAUACAGUGUACAUGAGUGAUAGUGAACAUAGGAAGGAAUAUGUUUUGAAUGAAUCAGGUUUAAUUUGGAGAGGAACCAAUAACAGACAUCGUCCUUGUGUGUGGAAUUAUGGACAGUUUGAAGAAAACGUCUUGCAGUGUUCCUGUUACCUUCUUGGGCACAUUGCAAAACUUUCCAUCGUAGCUAGAGCAGAUCCGGUGAAGGUUGUUCGGCAUAUUUCAGCUGUGGUUAAUUCUCCAGACGACAACGGUGUAUUAGUUGGCAACUGGUCAGGUGAUUAUGGUGGUGGACAGGCACCCACCCAGUGGAGUGGAAGUGUUGCCAUUCUCCAGCAGUACUAUAAAACUAAAAAACCUGUGAAAUACGGCCAAUGCUGGGUGUUUUCUGGCGUUGUAACUACAGUAUGUCGAGCCUUGGGUAUUCCUGCACGUUCUGUGACCAAUUUUGCAUCUGCUCAUGAUACUCAUAAUAGUCUUACCAUUGAUUAUUUCUAUGACGAGGAUGGAGAACCGAUAGAGAAUCUUAAUAUAGACUCUGUGUGGAAUUUCCAUGUGUGGAACGAAGUUUGGAUGGAAAGGCCAGAUCUGGAGCCUGGUGGUUACUCUGGAUGGCAAGCUAUUGAUGCUACACCCCAAGAAGAAUCUGAUGGUCAGUAUCGUUGCGGGCCUUGCAGUGUGGCUGCCAUUAAACGUGGUGAGAUCCAGAAAGCUUACGACGCUCCUUUCCUUUUUGCCGAAGUAAAUGCUGACAAAGUGUAUUGGAGAUUCCACGGCAAGAAUCAGCCACUGAAGCUCAUAAAAAGACAGACAGAAACAAUUGGCCAGUAUAUAAGUACCAAAGCUAUCGGAUCUUAUGACAGAGAAGAUAUUACUAAUGAAUACAAGUACAGCGAACAGAGUGCCGAAGAGAGAGAAGUUAUGCUGCGUGCCUUGCGACAGUGUGGCAAUGUGUUCUCUCGCUAUUACUUAAACGAUGAAUUUGAAGAUGUACAAUUUGAUUUGCAACUCCUGGACGACAUAGUUAUCGGAUCCCCCUUCAGUGUUAAACUGAUGAUAAAGAACAAAGGUUUAGAGAAGAAAACUUAUACAGUUAAAGGUGUUCUUGCUGUGCACACUACAUUUUACACUGGGCAACUUAAAAACGCUGUUAAAAAGGAAAAAUUUGAAAUUAAGAUUGCAGACGAAACAGAAAAGGAAGUAACGAUGAAAGUGUCGUAUGAUGAAUAUGAGAAACAAAUAGUUGAUCAGGCCGCUUUUAACAUGAUUGCCAUGGCUCAGGUUGAAGAAACUGGAUUCGAUUAUUUUGCACAAGAUGACUUCAGAGUCAGGAAACCGGACGUUAAAAUAGAGGUCGAAGGCGAUCCAGUGCAAGGACAAGAAGUUAAAGUAAUCGCAAAACUUAAAAAUCCUCUUCCAAAACCUUUGAAAAAAGGUUACUUUACCAUUGAAGGGCCUGGUUUAUGUCAGCCUCUCAAAUUACGUCUGAAAGGGGAUGUCGCUCCAGAUUCUACUGCUGAAGGUACUUGCAAAAUUUGCCCAAAGACUUCUGGAGAGAAGAACAUUGCAGCCAAAUUUUGGUCGAGAGAACUAGAUGAUGUGGAUGGCUAUCUCGUGAUACACGUGAAACCGAAACCAGAGGAUGAGAUCGUGAAACCAGCUGACAAUGACUUAACCAAUUGAAAUUUAUUUAGUAAGGAUUGAAUCCAUCACUUGUGGAAUCCUUGACAGAAGAAGUACACUGCGUUAAGUGGUUCUGUGAAUCUCAUUGCUUCUAUGAUUAAUAAACACUGCCUUGCAUACCUUGAUUCUAGCUAAUGCAAGCAAAAAGUGAAUAAACGUGAUGUCUACUUUAAAGUGCCUUGUAAUUUUUUUUGAAAAGGAGUAAAUGAGUUAUUGAACUUCUGACACCAGACUGGAGGUUAAGAUAUGGAUUUUUAUACUUCUUCUUCCACGUGUUUAACUGCAACUGUCUACAGUUUUUCAAGUGUUCUUUAACUGCAUGUAUUUGAAGAUUCUUGUGUCCCAUUAACUGUAUUCUUACGGAUGAAAAAUUGAAAAGUGCCUUUAAAGUGUGUGUUUUAUAUAUAUACCAAUAUUUUAAACUGGUGUAAAUAAUGUUUUGCUUUUUUUAUCUCUAAUGCCAUAUUUUUUAAAUUUUUUUAUGAAUUUUUUUUAUUAUACUUUUGAAAUACAUACAAAAGAUUGAAAUACAGAAAAUAUUAUUAUCUGAUAUUAGAUUCCUGUCGCUGAUCAACGAAUGUAAAUUCUCAUCCAAACUGCAUUGAAAUAAUAAUUGAAAUGACUAAGACUAUUUAAUAGCCUUAUAUUUAAUCAGUGAUAGUUUUUGAACUGAUAUUACUUUAUAUUCCGGUAUUUUUCUGUAGUAUUGCUGUAGGCAUAUUCAUUCUCUAUCAUAUUAUACUGGUGAAAAUAAAUCAAUCUAUGAAUCAUUAAUUAUCCUGUUCCGCUUAGCAUAAAGCACUAUGAGAAACUGAUACUGAAACCGAUUCUAUAUUUAUAUUUGUAAGUAACAGCCUGAAUUUUUAUUAAAGUGUGUAUGUUAAGAAUAAAUUUCAAAAAACUUAAGCAAUAAUGAUUUCAAAUACAAUAGGUUGUAUACUUGGUAUCGUCUAAUAAAAGAAGACUGCAUUAUCCGAUACUUAGUUAAUUUAAUCUAUGUAUAUGAGCUUUGACUUGAUUGUUUUCGUAUUCGAAGUUUAAAUGUGUACGUAUAUAUAUUUGCAUACUUUGUUUUGGAGUCAAAGCAUUUUGGUGCUUCUAUUCCUCUUUUGUAUAAUUAUUCUGUUCAAUGUUUAAUGUUUAAAUUAUCUGAAAUUAAAGCGUCUGAAAUGUUGUUAUCUGGUUUUGAAUUAAUUUUACAUUCAUAUUUUAGUAUAGUAUACGAUUUACCGCUUUUAGUGAACUAUUUAUUUCAUAGAUGGCGCCACUAAAAUGCUAUUUUCAAAUAUGAAAAUAAAUGCGAAUAAAAUGAAAAUUAUACCAUUAAUUGAUUUAAUAGCCGAUUAAAUUUUUAAUUCCAUUAAAUUUUAAUUUCUUCCAAUUUUUACAAAGCUAAAGUGGUCCUUAAAAAAAGCAUUACAUCGUCCGACAUUACGAAUGUCGUGCAACGUAGCCAAAAAAUAAGCUUCACUUUUUUUUAACCGAUCUCCAACUAUGCUUCUGAGAGUUUUUGGAAUGUGGAAUUAUUUGUGUAGUGAUACUCCUCAGGUUAUGUAGAAUCUGGUUCUCAACCUUUUUUGUCCCAUGCACCCCUUUCACCAUUGCUUGAAGCUCCUUCCGAAAACUAUCUCUGUCUCACUCUCUCUCUCUAUCUAUAUAUAAUUACAAAAUAAUUCUCUUCAAAACAAAACACAAACAUGCCUAGUCAUUUUCGUGCAUUAAGUUGCAGAACAAUUAUCAUUAAAGACAUAAAUUAAGAAAUUUAGAACUAAAAUUUCACAAAGACUAGAAAUUGAAAUUCAUAAUUAAUAAAUUUGAAAUAAACAUAUAAAUACAACAAUUAAUUUAAAAUGUUAAAACCAAAAUAUUUCAAACAAGCUAAAACCCCUUUUCAAAAACCAUGAAAUUUUUUACCAUGAAAGUAAAUUAAGCAAAAACAGAAGAGAAAUUCAAUCAAUCUCAGUGUCACUUCAUCGGGGGGGGGGGGGAAGGGGAAGAGCUU